AUGAAAGCCGAAAUCCAUCCCCAGUACUUCAAUGCUACGAUAACGUGUUCGUGCGGCAACGUGUUUCAAACCGGUUCCACCAAACCGGCGUUGCGCAUCGAAGUGUGCGGUCGUUGCCAUCCCUUUUAUACCGGUGAACAACGGAUCGUGGACACUCAGGGGCGCAUUGAGCGAAUGCGGCGCAGGUUCAAUCUGGACGAAUAG